AUGAGUGAUUUUCCAUUCAAAUUAGAACCAUCAGAAAGAUUAUUAUUUUCAUCUUCAACAUUAGGUGAUGAAAGUUGUUCUGUAGUAUUGAAAGUUUAUAACACUACUAAUGAACCACAGGCUUUUAAAAUCAAAUGUACAAGUAAUGAUUUCUUCAGACUACGUCCUCCAGUUACAUUUUCUCCACCUGGACAGGAACCAUUAAAUAUUAAUGUCAUAUUUAAUGCUGGAAAACAGAUACCUGAAAAUGGAAAACACUAUUUUGCUGUCUAUGGAACACCAUGUACUGAUUAUCAUAAUGCUAGAAUAGCUUUUAAUUCAGAAAAAGGAAGGAAAGCUAAGUCAAAGAAAUUAUUUGCUGACUUUAAGAAGUUAGCACCAGAUGUCCCUGAAAAGAAAGAGGAUGAUAAGAAAGAAGAAGAAAAGAAAGAAGAGAAAAAAGAUGAUGAAAAGAAAGAAGAGAAAAAAGAUGAUGAAAAGAAAGAGGACAAAAAAGAAUAA